AGAACUGAACCAAUUGUUCCAAUUAAUGGGAAAAAGUAUUUGGAGAGAAGAAUUUUCUGACUGCUUGACUGCUCUUCUUCUCUCACUACCACACAAGAACGCGGAAGAAAGAAUAUCUGGAAGUAAUCACACUUAGCUUUUUCUACAAUGGAAGGUAAAGAAAGUGGAGGACAACCUCCACCCCCUCCUAGCCCAAUGCAAGAGUCGUGGGUGGAUGUGCCAGGAGGAGAGGGGAAGCUGGUGUACAACCGCAGCAAGGAGGAGUUGGUGGAGAUGCUCGCUAGUGCCGUUUCAGAACCUGAAAUGUCAGACUCUGAGACGAUGUACGGAGUAACGUUCAAACCGUGCUCUGAUAGCCAACAGGAGGAUGAGUCACCAUCUGAAUCACCGAUCAGCAGUGACCCCCCACAGGUACCUCACACCAUAGCCCCUGUACAAGAAAUAGCCACCACUCAAAACUUCAUUCAAAGGCCAGCUGCUGAAGCAGCUAACAUGAGUGAAGAGAGGUCCUCUGGUUCACAGUCGUCCUGUAGCAACCUCUUCUGGUGUGUGCCUGUCUUCAUUCUAACACAUCUGGCCAUCUUUGGCAUCGGGUACUAUCUAGGCAGACGAAUAAUCGUGGAGCCAUCGCCACUCAAGUUGCUGCAUGUUUAGAACUUUUACUCCCACACACACACUGACAUUGGACAGUGCAGCAAACUGAAUAGGAUAGUACUUAACUUACAGGUUAUACCCAAUUUAUUGCAAUUCAAUCUUUCAUAUCAUUAAUCAAUUUUUGUUAUAUACAUACAUGCACUUGCAAAAUUUUUUUGCGUCUGAAUAUCAAUAAUGUUUCUGACGAUCA